AUGCGCAUACCCAACUCAUAUAAAACAACGCCGCCACCGACGGACAAGGACGCAUGCACGGAUGCAACGUACGAGGGCGAUACCCAACGGCAUCCUGCGGCCAACAAGCCCAACGCUUGCCGUGACAGCAAGUACACUGUACUUUAUUUUUUCCCAUUCGUUCACGCUGACGUACGGAGGACCGAUACGGAAACCCCUUCUGCCGCCGAUGCGCCCCUGGCCCGACUGUCCAUUUCGUUCCUCGCCUCGUCUCGCUAUCCCCUGCUCCUUGGUUUCCAUCUUCUUGGCUUCCUUGUCCUUCCUCCUCCUUCUCCUUCUCCUCCUUUUCCUCCUCCUCCUCCUCCUCCGCCUCAGCCUCCGCCUCAGCCUCAGCCUCAUCCUCCUCCUCCUCUCUCCUCCUCCUCCUUCUCCUCUCUCCUCCUCCUCUCUCCUCCUCCACACUCUUUGCCUCCCCCCUGCCACAAGCUCCGCCAGGCCCACCGCGCUGCUGCAGCCAACAUCGACGGUGACGGAAGCUUCCAAGACUCCCAGACGACACCGCCUGAUGGGGCUCCAGCAGAGAAGGCAGGCGAUGCGGCUCCCGCAGGUGUUCCUAUUUCUGUCCCUCACGCGCCGUGGGGUGCUCGAACUCCCGACGUUUGGUGUUCAACGCCACGACCAUGCUGGAGCAGUGGGCUUGAUGCAACGCUCGUGCGUACCGUCAACCGUGUACCCACUACUCCGGACUUUCUACAUGCACACCUACUUGCUACACCUACCUGCACCUGCCAGUACUUGCAUGCACUUGCAUGUAGCAGGUACAUGGGAAUACUGGGACGCAUCUACAAGUACGCGCCCGAAAUCGACGGAUGCUAA